UGCCCUAGAGAGAGAAGUGCUGGUGGGAAGCAAUGCUGCUGAACUUCCCUCCCCCAACUCUUACACAGGCUCUUGAAAGCUCAUUUACAGGCGCUUACAGGGCUCAACCUUGUCCUAGACUGCUCACUUGACUCACCGUCCUCUGGUUCCACUGUUUGGGGGCAGCAGAAGUAGAGUGAGGGUUUCUGUAAAACAAGGCAGUGUGCUUUGAAAUGGCCUCAAGACGAUGGGAGGGUACUAACUUAGACAAUUUUCCCUUUGAAAAGAUGCCCUGGUGUAAGAAGUGGAGGCACGCCUGGGUUCAAAUUCUUGCUCCAGCAUAUAACUGGCUAUGCAAACUUUGGUGAGAUGUUUAAUCUUUUGUGCCUCAAUUUCUCCAUUUGUGAAAUGGAGCAAAUACCUACCUCACAGGGUUGUUGUGAGGAUUAAAUUAAAUGAGAUUAUGUAUGUAAAAUAUCUAGCACAGUGCCUAGCACAUUGUGGGUACUCAAUAAAAGGAAAUAGCUAGAAUCUGAGCAUUCUGGGUAGAGGUUGGUAGGGUGCGUGUCUCUGUGUUUGGGGGGAUGCUGGGGGUUUUGAGUUGAUCCUCACCUGGAAUUCGUAAUUGUAAACCUUGAUGAUCCACAUGGGUCCCAAUAACUCAGCCAAAUAGGAAGCUUCGUUGCUGUGAGAGAAAGAGUUUGUAACUUUGGGUGGAAUGAGGAAGAUUAGUGGCAUUUACUGCCAACAUUUGAUAUCCUUCCGGAGGGUACUGUGCUCCCAGAGGCCCCUAAAGUUUGUGAAUUUUUAAACUCAAAACAUUCUCCCCUGCCCCCAGUCAUCUCAUACAGAUCAUCUGACAAAGUGCUAUUCUUAGAAAUUGUCCCUGUUCGUGGGGAGCUUUUCUGGUUCUAGACUUGCUCUACAGUUUAAAUAAACCACAGCCCUGGACAUUCUCCUUCACUGAGUCCUGGGCAUCCUCUCACACUUCCCCUGGGGACCUUUACAUACCAAGCAAGAAGCACACAAGCAUACAUGAUGGCAGCACUCAGCACUGCCACCAAGGUAUUCGGUACAUGUGGUUCCUUUUUAGUCUGGCCUGGCAGGCACAAGGUGUGAUUCUGUCCUUGAAAGGUUACUGCCGAGGGGCAACAAGAGAACAGGGUUAAGAAGAAAGCUGGGUGUUCAGCAGGAACAGAAAAGGGCUUCAGCACCAGCACUGGUGGUCUGGGUCCUCACUUGUGUCUGGGGGACGGCUGGACAGUGCAGAGAAGGUCAGAUACAUGAUGUAGCAGCUGAUGACAGAGGCCUGCAGAAGGCCGGAGUGUGGGUGCUCUGGGGAGAGUAGGUGUCAUUAGUUGACAGUGACUUUACUUCUACCUCCACCUGCCCUUGUCUUCCCCACUGGGGAGAGUGGGUGGGAGAAGCAGCAGAGAUGGAGAAGGCUAAGGAAACUACUCAAAGAGACACACCCCACCCCCAAAUCUGGGACUUAAAUUGCAUAUACCCAAUAUACCCACUGAGGCGGAUGCAAGGUGCAAUGGAGAGGAGAGAGAGGAGGCCACACAAGCAAAGGUGCAGACUGAGUAACAUCUUGUUGAGCAGGCAACCAUCGGGGUGUGUGUAGUGGUGGAACAUUAGCACGGCUCCCGCACCUGCCAUACUGUAGAAUCCUAGGGUGGCCAGUAACACACCCAGGAACCAGCUACAGUCUUGGGCUGCGCCAGUCUGCCUGAAGAGAAGUGGGUAAGGGUUUAGAAUGCCAGCCCAUUAUGGACUAUUCACUGUCUCCCAGCAGACACUGAUAAGUUAGCCCACUGGUCCACAUAGUACAUUCUUGAACUUUUUGUUUGUUUUGAUACAGGAUCUCACCAUAUACAUCGGACUGUCAUUGAACUCACUAUGUAUUUCAGGUUGGUCCUGAACUCCUACCUCAGCAUCCUGAGUGGUGAGAUUAUGGGUAUUUGUCACCAUUUUUUGUAUUUCAAGACAGGGUUUCUCUGGGUAACCUUGGCUGUCCUGGACUUGAUUUGUAGACCAGGCUGGUCCCGAAAUCACAGGCCUGCCUCUGCCUUUCGAGCCCUGGGAUUAAAGGUGUGUGCCACCACACCCCAGCAUUUGUCACCAUUCUUGAUUACAUGUUUUUAUUUUGUUUUAAAAAAAGGCUGACCUGGACUCCCUACCCUGCUUUUUUUUUUUUGUUUUUAGUUUUUUGAGGCAAGAUUUCUCUGUGUAGCCAUGGCUGUCCUGGACUUGCUGUAUAGACCAGGCUGGUCUCUGAUUUGCCUCCCUGAGUACUGGGAUUAAAGAGGCUCACCACAAUGCCUAGUUCUACUUGUGGUUUUUGUGAGAUCAUGUAUCCUAUUCUGGCCUUGAACUCUUGGCCCUCCUAUUUCCAGCUCCUCAGUGCUGUGAUCACAAGUGAGUGUCUUCACAUCUGGUUUCCUGAGCGUUUUGGUACUGUUUGUUGGGCGGCCAUGGGAACAAUACCUGCUAUGUCCUUUGCCCAGUCUUUCCAUAUCCAGCAAUUCCUGACAACCUCCUUGGGAGGAGUCUUUGGGAUUAGAUGCUCCUUACCAGUUCUUGUUCCAGGAGUGGGCAAAGGCUGUGAUAAGAACCAGCUGUAAUAGGAUGAAUAUGAAGCCUCCACAGACGCCAAUGUAAUGCCAGGCUGCAAAAUAGUCACCAUUUGGAACUUUCAGCUCUAGCUGGUCAUGGUGUGUCACUCUAUCCAUCCACCCCCCCUUUUGAUUAAGAGCCCAGGUAGCCUAGUAGGUCUCAAACUCUCAAUCUGCUCCAGUCUCCUGAAUGCUGGGAUCACAGCUGUGUGGUAUUCUGUAAGCUCGGCUUCCUGUUACUGAGUAGGAAGCCUGUUCUUGCUGAUGAGGGUGUGAGGUGAAGAGUACCUGGGAAGAGAUGCUCGUCCGGGAUGCAGAAGGCAACGGUGCAGAGACCAAACAGGAGCAACAGCUUGAGGCUCCAGAAGCUACUUAGUGGGUUUGAGAGAAAACCAGAUAGAGGAGUAAAAGCAAAGGGGGAAAGAAAAAAAUCAUGGCAGGUGGGUAGUACAGGGGAGGUGGGACCAGUCCCAAGUCCCGUGUAGUCCCAAGUGCUAACUCCCAUUUGGAAGUCACAACAGAGCAACACUUCAUGGAAGGUUCUCAUGUAACCCUUGUUACUUUCAGCGUAGAGCCCAGAGAUUUAUAAACCUGUUGUCUAUCUUUUUACAGUGCUCUUUCUUCAUCCGGGUGUUUUCUUUAGCCAGCUUGUGUCUGCUUCCCUCUGUCCCAUCCUAUCCAAAAGUUAUACACAAACCUGUUAUGUAGCUGUGCCCGAGGGCUGGUAGGGGAGUGGAGGCGGACUAGUAGCACAGCCUGCAGCAGGUGGAAGGUGGCAGUUCCUGCACAUACUCGAUACACAGCCCCAGAGCCACUGAGUACUGGACAGUCAGAGUUGCCAAACAGGUGGGCACACAGCACUGAGGGCAUCUGGAUCUGCAGGGAGUUUGGUUGUGAGAAAAGGCAAGUCACAAUGCAUGGAUUAGUCCCAGCUUUUCACUUUGCUCCCUCUCUGUUCCCAGUCCAGGUCUUCGCACUUUGCCACCUCUGCCCACUUACCCCACAUGCUUUGCCCCAGACCCUUUCUAACACCUUCCUGGACAGCAGGAGGCAGCAGAUUGCUGAGGCCCCCACAUGGAGAAGGAUGUAGAGCAAGCAGCUACAAGUAGACUCUGACAGAGAGGGCAGCCUAGAGUGGCAGCAGCUGGUCCAAGAUACAGGCCCACAGCAGGACACCUGGGGAUAGAGCAGAUGUAGGAAGCAAGGUGGAGCUUUUGGGGGGUGGUGUUAGACUAUGUGUGGGUUAACCGAAGGCCAAAUUCCCAAACCGUUUCCAUCUGACUGGUUAUGAACGACUUAGGAUUGCCUUUCACUAAACACUAGUAAGAAUUUCAUUGCCAGAACCUCAAACUUUAGUGUCGACUUGACCACCUACUUUUCCCUAAUGCUGAAUGUGGGAUGAGAGGUUCACCAAUUAUCGAGGCCAAGAACAGGUUUGUCUCCCCAACUCCCGAGUUUCCUAGCUAUAUCUUGCUUAUGGGCAUCUUCAAAACUCUUCCCAAAUGCCGUCUCACCUGAUUGAAAGGGGUUUUCACUACAACAUCGCUGACUCCACCGUGCUGCUGUGCAAGGUCCGGGGUGGUGCUCCGGCCUGUGAUGAGUUUUGCAUCUGUAAUUUUUGGCCCAGAGGUUAGGCGUAGAUCCAUUACUGCAAAAGCUGAUGAGGAACAACAGCUUCUCAAGAUUUUCGCCCAUUGGGCAGUUGUUCUGCUGGGCUAAUCACUCGUCUUAAGGCAGCAGAAUGGACAUAUCAGAAAAUAAAUACAGAUCACCAGGAAGUGGUAAAUGCAAAUAGCCUUGUGAAGAUGUCUUCGCUGGGCUUCGUAUUCUGGAUCAUUCGGACUGUGAGAUUAGGAGCAAUUGGCCUAUCUGGUCUGGGGAUUAGAUAUUUUAAUUGGUUUAGGAUUAGCUGUUGGCAGCCUUUGUUGGGCAGAAUUGUGUGUGUGUGUGUGAGAGAGAGAGAGAGAGAGAAGGGAUUGUUUUUAGGUGAAGAAGUAAGGUUGUGCGUUUGGGUGGUGUGGCUAUUGAACAGAUAGUCGAAGGAGACUUUGCACAAAACGAGCUCGUGAGGAAGUCAAAAGCGAACCGCCGCGGUAGCUGUUCUCAAGAGAGUCACAAAGGUGUGGUCCAGCGCUUGCCCCGCCCCUUCUCGGGCGGAAGCGGAGGGUUGCCGGAAGUUGUGAAGCAGCAGCCUAUGCGGCGGCGCGGUGAGAUCGAAAUGGCGACCGAGGGUGAUGUGGAGCUGGAGUUAGAGACCGAGACCAGCGGCCCGGAGCGGCCUCCCGAGAAGCCACGGAAGCAUGACAGUGGUGCUGCUGACCUGGAGCGGGUCACUGACUAUGCGGAGGAGAAGGAGAUCCAGAGUUCGAAUCUGGAGACGGGAGAAGGAACUGGCGAAGGUCACUAUCAAGAAGGAAGAUCUGGAGUUGAUAGUGAGUAG